CUCCAUUCUUCAAUCGCGUUCGUCACAACUACAUCUCGAUAAUCUAGUGAUCCGACGAGAGCAUGUCGAGCUCCACCGAUGAAUCCGACGAAUCCAUCGUGCAGUCAAAUCAAACAGAAGACAUAUCGACGACAAUCAUACCGGCUGAUAGUGCUUCCAUUGAUAUGGACGACUCUGAUGAUGAUUUCAACGGCGAUGAUUUUUACGACGGCGGUGAAGAAUUUAGGCGGAAAGAGGGUGUGAACAGGGGCCUGAUUGCUCCAAUGGAUAACCUAGAUUAUUAUUACCCACAAGCAAUGUUUUGUUUGGCCAACUUUAACUUUAAUCAUAAUACCGAUUUCGUAUUUGAGAAGAUAGUGAGAGGGUGGAUGGGUAAUGGUAUUGAAUUCUACCUUAUAUUUGAGGCAAGCAGUCCUCACAUUGCAGGAGGCAAACCUUUAGUCUUCCAAUCAUAUAUGGUUAUGUUCUUUGGUCGAUUUGGUGGCCAUGAGAUAGAUUUCUGCAGGUUGCACCCCAUUGAUUGUGCAAUUACUCUUGAAGAUCUUCCAGGUUGUGCCAAUCUUGACCACACACAACAUCUCGUCCAUAUGUCUUCUGUUUAUGCUACCUUAUGCUAUGGCCAUUGGCUGGUUCUCCCUCUUUCUCUCUAUUUUUCUUUCUGCUUUGUUUAUAAAAAUACAUUAUUGUAUAUCCCUAGCAUCCUUGCUAAUGUUUUCACUAACCCUUGUCUUGUCUUAUGAUCAGAGACCUAAAUUUGGUCUCGGGAACAUCAUCAGCUUCGAUAAAAUUGUAGAACCAACUUUGCUGGAGGACUUUGCCUUUGGAUACAAGAUCAUCUUUAGCAUUUUUGAAAAAAAAGAUGUCUCUCGCGAACUUAGGACUUGUGAAGCAGUGGUUGUGUUUAGGCAAGAUCUAAGUGUAAUAUCGGUCAGAUCUAUUAUUGAGAUGGAGAAUCA